ACACUCGCUCCGCCUGGUGGAGGAAAGAGGCACAGCCUGCGAGGCCGCCCGUCCGAGACGAUUAAUAAUAAACAGCCGGAACCGCGUCCGGCCCGCACGCAGCUGCAAGCCAGCGCACCGCACCGCACGGCUGCUCAGGUCACCGCGGUGGCACUGACAGGGCAGCGGGCCCACGGCGGCCGACUCCCCCGGCGGCGGGGACGCGCGUCGCUGGGGGGCAGAGCCAUGUCGGGCGGCGCCGGUGACGUCACGCCGUCCGCGCUGGAAGUAGUCAGCGUCGUGGGCAAGGCCGUGUGCGCAGGCGCGGCACUGACAGCCGCUCUCUACCUGAUCCGCAGAGUGUGUCUCACCAUGGCCUGGAAGUCAGGAGGCGCCAGCCACGCUGAGCUCGUCAACAACCUCCGCAAAAAUGGGAUCAUUAAAUCAGAUAAAGUGUUUGAAGUCAUGCUGGCUACUGACCGGGCACACUUUGCGAAAUGUAAUCCUUACAUGGAUUCCCCCCAGUCAAUAGGUUUCCAAGCAACUAUCAGUGCUCCUCACAUGCAUGCAUAUGCUUUGGAACUUCUCCAUGAUCAGCUGUAUGAAGGAGCAAAAGCUCUAGAUGUUGGAUCAGGAAGUGGGAUCUUGUCAGUCUGCUUUGCGCGGAUGGUUGGCCCCAAAGGAAAAGUCAUAGGAAUUGAUCAUAUUAAAGAACUUGUUGAUGAUUCAAUAAACAAUGUUAAGAAAGAUGAUCCCAGCUUAAUAACAUCAGGCAGAGUAAAAUUGGUUGUUGGAGAUGGCCGGCUGGGCUUUCCGGAGGAGGCACCCUACGACGCCAUUCAUGUAGGGGCGGCAGCACCGACUGUUCCUCAGGCACUCCUGGAGCAGCUGAAGCCGGGCGGCCGGCUCAUCCUGCCCGUGGGCCCCGCGGGUGGAAACCAGAUGCUGGAGCAGUACGACAAGCUGGGGGACGGCAGCACCAAAAUGAAGCCUCUCAUGGGAGUGAUUUACGUGCCUUUAACAGACAAAGACAAGCAGUGGUCCAGGUGGAAGUGACUUUCUACUCACUCUUUCUUCUCCUGCAGAGAGUCGCCAAGGUGAAAUGGGAUGAACUGUGAAGCAGCCUCAGCAUAUCCAUGUCCUGCACUAUAGUGUUAACCUGAGUGGACUUUUCCCUUUUCAAGCAGCUGGUGGAUUUCAAGAAAAACAAAACAAAAAAAGGAACGCGUUGAAGCUUGUUUUUGGGACUUUUUUUUUCCCCCCAAGUGUUAAAAAAAAUGGUGUGGAUCUCAAAGAUAGACUGGUAGCAGUUUAACACAAAAGAAGUUUGCAUUUGGGAGCUUUUUCUUUUAUUGUUUUCAUUGGAGGCAGAUGCAGGGUACAGACUUUGUCAGUUUGUGGAUAAAAUAAGUAUCAAUGAUUAAAAUUUAGUUCUCAUCCAAUUAGUUCCAUUCUAGUUAAGUUGGAGAAAACCAUAUUUCCUUAUUUUUGGACUGUUUUUGUGCAGUGUGUAAAGCCUAUAUUAUAACUCGCUGAUGUGCACCUUACAACACUAUGCGCAUUUCCAAGAUUUCUAGAUGCAGACAUCUCUGUUGCUCAGCGCUAAUAUUGACAUUUUUCAGCAUUUUUCCAGCUUACAAUAUUUAAACAGCGGAAUGCAGCAAGUACAGCUUUCUGUCAUUUAAUCUGUAUGGCACAAACACACAGCACAAAGUCUCACAGUACAUAAAUGGUGUUAUAGUUACCGUUUCUGUCAACCCUCCUGUACAGACUGACAGCUGAAAAAUCUUGUUUAUACACUGCAUUACGGGUUUCUCACAGCUCUUUGCUUUUCUCUUCCUUUUGCUGUAUUGAAUUGGCUGCAGACUAUAAUUUACAUGACUAGUAACAUGCUGUGUACAAGUAACAGGUAAUAUAAUUCAGUGCUGCUUUGCCAAAUAAAUCUGAACUCAAAGCAAAUGUCUACUGUUUUUACAUCUAUGGCUAAAGAAGCUGGUUGCAAUUUUAAUGUGUUGCUUAUGAAAACAAGUAACAAUCAGCACUUUACCAAGACUUUAUUUAUUUUGUCUUGUCUGUGUGCAGUGCUACCACGUGUCAUCCGUGGAAGUGGGCCGUUUCAUUUCUGGAAAUAAAGGUGAACUGAGAAA